UACUGUUUGUUACUUGUCUUUACUCUUUACCCUAGACAGACAGAGCUCCGCACCUUUUCUUUUCACACCAAAACUUAUUCAUAAUCUUCCACGCGCCUCGCUUCCAUGGACGGACGACGCGCCGUCAUCGACCCCAAGGUCAGGCGCGUCGGUUUCGCCGCUCCGCCGCCUCAAAACGACUCGGCCUCCGCCUCCCCCGUCACGAUACCGCUGCCUCGUCAUCUUUCCGAGCGAACAGCCGCCGUCCCCGUCCCCGAGUCAGGGUUCCGCCGCCAGCCAUCCGGGGAGUGGGUCCCAGUCGGGAGCUACAAUCCCUCCGAAUCGCUGCUCGGAACAUCGCCGACGGUUACGCCUUCUUCUAAUGGUGCCGGGCUUGUAGACGGAGAGUUCUCUGAGGAUCUCUCCGGUGACAGUGGAUUCCGUCCCAGUGACUCGAGCUUCCCCUGCCGAGGGUUUGAUUUGCCGGCUGUGAAGCCAGCGGAGAAAAGCUUCGCUGCGGCGGAGGCGAUUGUGAAAACUCAUUCUGGUGGAACUACUGAAAAGAGGGAAGGGACUGUCAAAGACGUCAGCCGUGAUGUGCCAGCAACGUCAAAGCCCCUGAAAGAGAAAACUACAAAGGCCGAGAGACGAGCCUUGCAGGAGGCACAAAGAGCUGCAAAAGCUGCUGCGAAAGCUGAUGGAAGUACAUCAGUUACUGAAUCCGGCAGAGCAGCAGCCCCAGGUAAAAGUAUGAAGCAGACUUCACGAAAGAAAGAAGGUACUCCUGUUACAUCAUCAGUGGCUACUGAUAAGAAAUCUGGAGAUCGUGCAUUAGAAAAAGAGAGGAAGAAAGAUGCUCCUCCUCCACGAAUGCAAUUCGAUGACAAGACUAGAGUGGAAAAAGCUAAAAGGCGUGCAGUAGUCAAUCAAACUGAAGCUAGAAACAGAGUUGAAUUAUUCCGGCAUUUGCCUCAAUACGAACAUGGGACUCAGCUUCCUGAACUUGAGUCAAAGCUUUUCCAACUUGAUCCGGUGCAUCCUUCUGUUUUCAAGGUUGGAUUGCGUUACAUGACUGGAGAUAUAUCAGGUGAUAAUGCUCGUUGUAUUGAAAUGCUUAAAGCAUUUCAGGAAGCCAUUAUAGACUACUCCACUCCACCUGAAAAACUCCUUGUUCGAGAUUUAACUGCAAAAAUCAGUAGUUAUGUUUCAUUUUUUACCGAAUGCAGGCCACUGUCUGUUAGCAUGGGGAAUGCAAUUAGGUUUGUAAAGAGUCGUAUUGCCAAGUUGCCUUUAAAUCACACUGAAUCUGAGGCAAAAGCAGCUAUUUGUUCUGAUAUUGACCGAUUCAUUAAUGAAAAAAUAAUUUUUGCUGAUAAGGUGAUUGUUGGCCAUGCUGUUACUAAGGUUAGGGAUGGAGAUAUUCUUCUCACAUAUGGAUUGUCAUGUGUUGUUGAAAUGAUUCUCUUACAUGCCCAUGACCUUGGGAAACAGUUCCGAGUUGUGGUGGUAGACUCAAGGCCAAAGCUUGAAGGUCAGGCCUUACUACGUAGGCUUGUGACCAAAGGCCUAAGUUGUACAUACACUCAUAUAAAUGCUGUUUCUUAUAUCAUGCACGAGGUCACAAAGGUUUUUCUGGGAGCUUCUGCCAUUCUGUGCAAUGGAACUGUAUAUUCAAGGGUUGGGACUGCUUGUGUUGCUAUGGUGGCUCAUGCAUUUAAUGUUCCUGUAUUAAUCUGUUGUGAAACUUAUAAGUUUCAUGAAAGGGUGCAACUUGAUUCAAUAUGUUCCAAUGAACUAGGUAACCCAGAUGCUGUUGCCAUGGUUCGUGGAAGAAGGGAGGUCAAUUAUCUGGACAAUUGGACUAGUGAAGACAAUUUGCUGCUUCUGAAUUUAAUGUAUGAUGUUACACCUUCAGAUUAUAUCUCAUCAAUUGUUACGGAUCAUGGAAUGAUACCUCCUACAAGUGUGCCUGUAAUUGUGCGCGAGUAUGGACGAGACCACAUGAUACAAAGAUAGACAGAAGUUAGAAAGUGGCUUUAACAGCCCUCUGCCGGUUUUGGUACAUACAACUUUUCUAUAAUAUACCCGAGGUUUAGUUCAAGUGCCUUUUUCUAAUACCUUUAGGCUCCCAACGAUUAUAAAGAUGCAUAUUCUUUCAAUAGUUUCAAAUUCUUUCAAAAGUCCAGGGACACCGGAAUUGCAAGCAACUCAUAAUGAAGCAUCGAUUUUUGUUUUUUCCAGAUUAUUUUCCUGCAACCUUGAGGUUCUGUAGGUGCUAAAAUUUUAUUUGAUAUUGUCACUAUGUUUGGGUUUCCAUUGAACUUAACGCCGAUCCAUAUUUGAGUCAA